AUGGGAGCAAACAACUCAGCUUGUUUGCCGCGUAGGGCAGCUGGAGCAACUGCCCGACGCAACGGGGCGAUAAGUAGUAACCGCACUGCCGAAGCCGCCCUCAGGCCUACCCAGAAUUUCAAAAAGGUGUCGAUAACGGUUGACUCUCAGGCGGCGAAAAGUGAGACGCGGGCUCAGCUUUCCACACCACAUGGCAGCCCUACUAAUGGAGUUGCGAGCUCUAGCGGACUAACGGAGGAAUGCGGUGAUGCGCUACAUGCGCAGCUCUCACCGGAUGAUCAGCAGGUGAAAGUUCGUGGUCAGCUCCCAAAUGUCUCGGGGAUAGAAAGUUCAGCGAAUGAAAAACAGCAGGACGCGCAUUUUUUGGAAGAAGAGCAGCCACGAGAACCCGAAGCGGAAUUUACUAUCAACCAAGGUAGUCCAAAAGAAAUUUCAUCUCUCUCCAAGACAGAGAAGCCAGAUGAAGCUCUGUAUGUGCAGAAGGGUGAAGGCGCCCUAAGGCAUCAGCACCACAUCCAUGUUCCCUCGCACUUGCUGGCCACUAGAACAGAAGAGGCAUGGGAGCAGCACCAACACGAGUCUCAGGCACUUCUCAGCCCUCACAGUUGUUCGGUGGCUCACCGAGUUGCGGCUGCACUCAGAGCCGCUGCUGGUGAACGUGCAGCAGCUGCGGCAGCGCGGGCUGCCGAGGCAGCACAAGCGGCGAAAACGACGCAGGAGGAUGAGGCAGAACCACUCAGAGGCAUACAACUCCUCCAAGCUUCAACAAACCAAGAUCCAGCCUUUAAAAUGUGCCAUGAACAACCGGGUUGUACUGCAAGCAGUUCCGCAGAGGAACAAGUGCAUCUGCAGCAAGACUCCAGGGGUCUGCAUCCCCAGAAGAGCUGCUUUCCGCAUGUCUCUUGUUUAUCCUCCACUGAUGACAGUGGAAACGAUGUCAUGGUCAGCAGCGGCAUGAUCUGGAGCGAAACUAAGAGUAAAAAUGCGAUUUCUUCGGAAUACUCUGUCGUGAAGACAGCUCUUAGACGGGUUGGAACAAUGUUUUCUGCAACCUCUGCAGCGCUGGCUUCUCCACCCGUAGCAAAGACUACCCAUGAAGAGGCAGGUAAUUGUGAGAUCGUCUCUAAUGUUCAACGUUGUCUUAGUGCUCCAGAGUGGCACUCUGGAGCCCUAGCGGGCAGUGGUAUUGCUGGAGAGCAGCGAGAGGGAGCCGAUAUGCUGCAAGGAGCACUGGACCGAGCCAUGGGCACGCUUACCAGCGAUACUUUCAAGAAACAUGUAAGCUGUGCUUAG